AUGUCUGAGAUUAUCAACAGCAAUGCCGCUGCUGGUCAGCGUGCUUCCAAACUUACCUUUGGCAUCGAACUCGAGUGCGUCGCCAUUGUUCCCAAGAGGAUUGCCAAGCAGUAUGGUUCCAUUGAGCAAUAUGUUCGUAGCCAUCUCAGCAACAGCCAGGUCAAGCUUCCCUGCACUUGUGAGAAAGAGGAGCAUUUGCGCUACUUGCCCAUUCACGACAAUGAGGACGACACGACCAACGACUACUGGACAUUGACCAAUGACAUGACCGUCGACAUGUCCGCAAAGCAGAUUGGCAAUGAUCUCAUUGGUUCAGACUACGCCAGCUUGGAACUCAUCUCUCGUGUGCAGAAGUUUGAGGGCACCUCGUCUUGCCCUUUGUCUCAAAAGUGCCCUGUUACCAAGGAGCCUCUCCAGUGGACUUGGCGUGAGGAGAUCAAGUGUUUCCUCGACCUUCUUCACGAGGCCUUCAGCGAGCCUGGUUUCUGUUUGCUUGUUAACGAGACCACAGGCUUCCACGUUCAUCUCGGCCAGGGCGAUGAGGGUCUCCCAGUAAACGUCGUCCAAGGACUUCUGGGUGCCAUGACUGCUCUUGAGCGUUCUUUCGACCAGAUCCUUCCUACUUAUCGCAUCAGUGGUUCGACUGGCGGUACGGUCCCAGGUAUGUGGAGCCCCAACCAACAUAACCCUCUUCCUGGUGUCCAGGUCGACGGGUUUCAUGCCUUGUACAAGCCUGGCCUCGUCGACACAGAGCAAGACUUUGAUAACAGAUGGUGUCCAGCCAUGUCCAAGACCAUGAUCCAACACGUCCACAAUCAGAUUUGGUGCAAGGCAAAGAACAUCGAGCCCCGCAAGCUUCAGUUCACUGCUCCACAGAACAGCCCGACUGGUGCCGCUGCCGCUGAUCCUGUCCCUGCCAUCUCGGCCCAGACUUUCAAGUCUAUCGAGCAAUGUCUUGCCAGUUUCAAUGUUCCCAGUUGGUUGAACUUCAUCAAGAAUGCUUCCAACAUUCAGGAGCUGAAGGACAUAUCUUCCCAGGACAAGUACGUCGCUUUGAGCCUCCGGGGCUUGGGCGACCGUAAGAACCCCAAUGGACCUCCUACAGCUGAAGUCCGCACUCAUGCCGGCAGUCUUGACUUUGACGAGAUCUGUGCUUGGGUCGACCUUUUGUGUAGCAUUGCUCGCUGGGCUGAGAUUGUACCAAAGGAGGGCGUUUUCGCUUACCUCCUUGAAUCGUGGAAAAAUGCCGAGUACAACAUCUCUGACCUUGCUACCAAGGUUGAAGCCAGCCACUCGACUUUCGCUCAUUACAGCUUUGUCUUGGCUGACUCCAGCUAUCCCUACGUCCAGCACCGUUUCGAUACAUACACCUCUCCCCCAUUGACCUUUACUGACAAGUUGGAGAACCUCAACCGCAUCAAUGAGGAGCGUCGCCGCAAAGACUUCUCGCGUGCAAAUGUUGAUGAGAAGAUCCGUUGGAAGCUUGAGUCUGGUAGGUAUGGACAGUUGCACACCAGCUUCCUUCAAGCUCAGCCUGAGCCUGAGUUGUUCUCCAGACCCGAAGCCAGGUUCCUGCACUACACCGAGGAGAGCCAAAAGGCUUGGGCUGAGUUCUUGAAGGACUACUACCGUGUUCACCGUAAGGUCGAGUUAUCUUGCAAGGAACCUGUCGAUGUCUCUGGUGCUGUCUCCGAUGAUUCGUCCGACUCUUCUUCUGAUACUUGCUCUGAGAUCUCCUCGGGCGGCGUCUCUGUUGGUGAUGUCGAGGCUAACGUUGCUUCAGAUGCCGAGUCCGUGGCCGCAGGUGCAGAUGAUGAAGAACCCGGAUCCAUCUCGAAUGACGAGACUCACUCUGAUGACUCUGAUGAUUCAGAGAAGUCUGAUGACAAGUCGGAGGCACCAAUCAAGUCUCCUGUCGAGAGCCUCACUGAUGACGAAUCCGAGGACGAUUUCAACCGCGAAGGCUGGUACGGAAUUCACCCCAUGUUGGCCAACGCCUACAACGACGUUCCAGGCCAGCACCUCACUCACCUCGAAAAGACUGUCAUCAGCAUGCCUGCACUUCCCUCACCAACCACCCCCAACACAGUUGCUUUCGAUGAACUGAAGACUGACACGGUACUCAGGAUUCACAAUGCCAUCUCAGGUGCGAUUUCGAUUGAGGCUCUUACUGCUGCUGACAUGCAGGACGAUGUUGACAACAUCAUUGCUCGUGCAGUCGAGUCCACCAAGCAGAUGUACGUGUUGAAGUCUGUUGCAAUGGAGAAGGCUAUUGCAAAGAGGCAUCUCAAGAAGAAGGUCAGCAAGGAGUAG